AGGCCAGGCAGAGAGGAAACUUUGGGCAAAGGUGUGGCAGUGCUAAGACGACAGCCCGUCCUCUGUGUGGCCUCCACCAGGUGGAGGUCAGGUGACGGGAUGGACGAGGGGCACGCUGCUCGGGAAUCCCAGGCAAGCAGGGGGUGGGGGUGCUCCCAGCUGGCUGCUCUGCUGUUCCCAGGGAAGCUCUGUCCCCUCCGGCACAACCGAGGGGAGAAGAUGGUGGUGUGUAAGCACUGGCUGCGGGGACUGUGUAAGAAGGGCGACCAGUGCAACUUCUUGCACCAGUACGAUGUCACCAGGAUGCCCGAGUGCUACUUCUACUCCAAGUUCGGUGAUUGCAACAACAAGGAAUGUCCCUUUCUCCACGUGAAGCCAGCUCUCAAGACCCGGGACUGUCCUUGGUAUGACCAAGGUUUCUGCAAGGAUGCAGGUCCCCUGUGCAAACACCGCCAUGUCCGUAAGAUAAUGUGCGCUAACUACUUCGUGGGCUUCUGCCCCGAGGGACCCAGGUGCCAAUUUGCACAUCCCAAGAUGAAUCUUUUAUUCAACCCGAGUUUCACGAAGCAGCUUGUCAACUGGCCACGGGGUUCAGCCCCUCCUGCUCGUGCCUGGGAGCCUCGCAGGCCCCCUUCCCCGCCGGAGGGACCGCUUCUCCCCGCUCAGAGACCCCAGCAGCACCUGGUCUCCUACCACCUGGGACUCAGGGCGCCGGAGCCCGGCCCGUGCUACAGGGUGAGUAGCUGCGGUGCGAUUCCCUUCGGGUCAGGUAAGACCACCACACUGCGGUCUAGGGGUGUGAAUGAGGGCAGUGAGCGGGCACUGGUAACCCCAAUGUUACCCUAAGUCUCCACGACCUCAUCUGACCUCUCUGGCCAGACAAGACUUUCUUUAAAAGCUACUAAGUUAAACAGCUUUCAUCACCUUCUUUGCUGCGUUACCAGUUCUGAGUUGAUCUAUAAUGUCCUCAAGAUUUAGGGGGCAGGAUUUCCUAAGGGAAUGUAGCACUUUGGUUUCCUUUUUUCCCCUGGUUUAUCAAGAAGAAAAACAUCAUACGUACCUUCACGAGAUAAACUCUACGCUGUUCUGUGCUUUUUAUUUUAGAGAUUUUAUUUGUAAGUAAUCUCUACACCCGAUGUGAAGCUCCAACUCCCCACCCUGCGAUCAGGAGUCCCACGUUCCACCAACUGAGCCAGCCAGGCGCCCUGACUUUCCUGUGCUUCUGGCCGCUCUACACUGUUAGAGCAAGCUCCACCCGGAGAGACCAGGGAACAGGGCCCUUGCC